AUGUCCCUGUGGGUGUGUAUAUUCCUCCCUGUCCUCUCUGCGGCCCAACGGUCAGAGCCCAUGUUCUCAGCGGUCACAGAGACCAUGCUUCCUCCGGACUAUGACAACAAUCCCACCCAGCUCAACUACGGAGUGGCUGUCACCGACGUAGACAACGAUGGAGACCUUGAGAUGUUUGUAGCCGGGUACAAUGGUCCCAACCUGGUUCUGAAGUACGACAAGCAGAAGAAGAGACUGGUCAACAUUGCUGUCGACAACCGUAGCUCCCCUUUCUAUGCUCUGAGAGAUCGCCAAGGCAAUGCCAUCGGAGUGACAGCCUGCGACAUUGAUGGAGACGGAAGAGAGGAGAUCUAUGUGCUCAAUACCAACAAUGCCUUCUCAGGUCGUGCCACCUACUCUGAUAAGCUCUUUAAGUUCCGUAAUGGCCGGUUUGAAGAUCUGUUAAACGACGACAUUAACGAACACCGUGAUGUAGCCAACCGCUUGGCUGGACGAUCUGUAGCCUGCGUAGACCGAAAGGGUACAGGUCGUUAUGCCAUCUACAUAGCUAACUAUGCCAGUGGUAACGUGGCUCCCCAUGCCCUGAUAGAAAUGGAUGAAGCUGCCAGUGACCUCUCCCGAGGCAUCAUCGCCCUGUCCAACGUCGCAGAGCAGGCUGGAGUCAACAAGUUCACAGGUGGCCGUGGUGUGGUUGUAGGUCCCAUUGUUAGCCAGUACUUGUCUGACGUGUUUUGUGAUAACGAGUACGGACCUAACUUCCUGUUUGUAAACAAUGGAGACGGAACCUUCACUGACGUGGCUCAGCAGGCAGGUGUGGAAGACCCCAUGCAGCACGGUAGAGGGGUGACUUUGGCUGACUUCAACAGAGACGGAAAGAUGGACAUUGUCUAUGGAAACUGGAACGGGCCACAUCGACUCUACCUACAGCUGGGCAACAACCGCAAGCACAGGUUCAAGGACAUAGCAUCUCAGAAGUUCUCCAUGCCGUCUCCGGUGCGUACGGUCAUCGCUGCAGACUUCGACAACGACAACGAACUAGAGGUGUUCUUUAAUAACAUUGCUUACAGAGGGUCGUCAUCCAACAGACUGUUCAGGGUAACUAGGAGAGAACAUGGGGACCCCCAGAUUGAGGAGCUGAAUGUGGGGGAGGCAGCCGAGCCAGAAGGACGAGGAACAGGGGCGGCAGUAACAGACUUUGAUGGAGACGGUCGUCUGGACCUGCUGGUAUCUCAUGGAGAGAGUGCUGCACAGCCUCUCUCUAUCUACAGAGUCAACCAGGGCUCCACUAACUCGUGGCUGCGUGUUAUCCCUCGUACCCAGUACGGGGCGUAUGCCCGGGGGGCUAAAGUAGUGGUCUACACCAAGAGAAGUGGUCCACACACACGCAUCAUCGACGGGGGCUCCGGAUACCUCUGUGAGAUGGAGCCCGUAGCACACUUUGGGCUCGGUAAAGACAUAGCCACUAAUGUUGAGGUGUACUGGCCAGAUGGGAAGUCAAUAGCCAGGCCUCUGGAACCAAGUGAGAUCAACUCUGUCCUGGAGAUCGCCUAUCCCAGAGAGGAGGAGGAGGGCACACCUGAAAUAGAGAUAGAGUGUGGCCAAGGGUUUGCUAUGAAUGAGAAUGGCCGGUGCACAGAUAAGGAUGAGUGCACCCAGUUCCCCUCUGUGUGCCCCACUGACCGUCCUGUAUGCACUAACACCUAUGGCAGCUACAAGUGUCGUGCCAAUAAGAGGUGCAACCAGGGCUUUGAACCCAACGAUGAUGGAUCGGCCUGCGUGGCUCAGGUAGCUUACUUUGGGGGGACACGCUCCUUGGGGGUCCGAAGAUGGGCCGGCUUCUCUCUCUGGCUUCUUUCUCUCUCUCUGCUGCCUCUCCUCUCCUCCCGUCUGCAAACCGGACCACUGUAG